UUUUCGGUAACUAUCGGUGGAUCGUUUCGGCAAAUAUAGCUAGUACAGGGUAUAUGCCAGUCGGACAGCAUCGGCUAAAGCCUUCUCACAUUUACAGAACGCACCGAAAACGAUAACGUGUUUGGCGAUUUAAGACCCCUUAUCAGGAGGCAUCAAUGCUUAUCAGACGGCCGGUCUGAGGCGAAGCUUUUAGUUUAUAUAAAUAAACGUACUCCAACCAGUACACUUAGUUCCACAUAAACAUUACCAAGGAGACGUUGACAUGGCGCACCAGGGUAGAUCUAUUCUGACCGGCACAUUUGCGUGCCUGUUGCUCGGAUUCUUUGUACUCCAAUCGCCGGCUGUGGAGGGCUCUAAUAUAUUGGGCGUGUUCACCAGCCACAGUCCAUCGCAUCUGAUAAUCCACAUGUCCAUUAUGAAGGCGCUGGCGGAGGAGGGCCACAAUGUGACAGUGGUGUCAACCGCACAGCCAAAGGUCACCCACAAGAGCAUCAAACAUAUUUUGAUACCUCUGACCGCAGCCGAGGAGAAGGUCAUAAGCGAUGGCAUGACCGCAAUGGCCAAGGAGAAGCCCUCGAUGGUUACGACGAUGAAAAGCUUAUUUGGUUCGCUCUCGAUGCUUAUUUAUAAGCAAGUGGACGUGCUGGAGGACAAACGCUUCACCGAUCUCUACAAGAACAAAGACAACAAAUUUGAUGCAGUUGUCGUGGGUUUCUUCUUCAACUUCUAUCAGGUGGGCCUCGGUGCCAAAUUUAAUUGCCCGUUGAUUUUGAGCUGGACCGGAGCGCCCAUGGUGCAAAUUAAUGAUGCUGUUGGCAAUCCCGAACUGGUCGCCACGGUGCCCAGCAUGAAUGUAGCCGUUCUGCCGGGCCAGGUCAUGGACUUUAAGAAGCGUCUGGCUAAUUUUGGCAGCUCCAUGUUCUUGCGCCUUUUAGGUUUCUACCUGGAGGUGUUAAAUGUGCAGUUUUACGAUCGCCUUUGGGGUAAGGAUCCGGCCAUGAUAAGCUAUGAGGAGGCCAAGAAGAACGUGUCUCUGGCAUUCUGCAAUAGUCAUGCCAUCAGUGAAGGACCUAUCAGGCCCAACGUGCCUGCAGUUAUUGAGAUUGGUGGCAUACAGAUUAAGGAUAAGCCCGAUCCCUUGCCACAGGACAUAAAGGAGUUUUUGGACAAUGCCAAGCAUGGCGCGAUUCUCUUCAGCCUGGGCAGCAAUCUCAAGGGCGAUCACAUUCAACCAGAACUCAUUGGCAAGAUAUUCGAAGCGCUCUCUAGCCUCAAGCAAAAUGUGAUCUGGAAGUGGGAUGAUCUUAAGAACUUGCCCGGAAAAUCGGCAAAUAUUCUCUAUAAGAAGUGGCUGCCACAGGACGACAUACUCGCCCAUCCCAAUAUUAAGCUAUUUAUAACGCACGCUGGCAAAGGAGGCGUGGCCGAGUCUCAGUACCAUGGCAAGCCCAUGCUGGCGCUGCCUGUGUUUGCCGAUCAGCCUGGAAAUGCAGAUAAGCUGGUUCAGGCGGGCUACGGCCUACGCAUCGACUUGUUCACCCUGGAGGUGGAUGAGUUUAAGGGUGCCAUCAAGGAGAUAGUCAAGAAUCCCAGCUACACCACCAAGGUUCAACAGUUUUCCAAGCUCUAUCGCGAUCGUCCCAUAUCGGCCCGCGAUUCGGUGAUCUACUGGGUGAACUAUGUGCUCCGUCAUCAUGGCGCCGGGCACAUGCAGAGUCCCCUCGUCCAUAUGAACUUUAUUGCGAGCCACAAUCUGGACGUCUAUCUAUUACUUACAGCGAUUGUUAUUGUUAUCGCCUUGAUAAGCACAGUUGUGCUCAAGUUCUUCUGGAGGAAAUGUUGUGGCGGCAAAGGCAAGUCUCAAGAGACUGGCCAAAAGGCGAAGGUCAAGAAGCACUAGUACUAUUUAUUGUAAAUAAGACGAUAUAAGAUAUUACGACUUUUUUAAUUGUAAAUAAGCAAUACAACGACAAUAAAUUUCGAUGUAAAUAUUACACAUA